GAUCUAAUCACGUAACAGACGGCCAUAAACUUAGGCGCAAUGGCGAAGAGGACAGACCGCUAUAUACCGUUCCUAUUAAACAGAAUUCUAGUCAAAAUCAAGGGGUCACAAGAGUUUGAUCCGCAAAUUGAGUCACAACUUAAGAACAAACAUGAACUCAACAAACAGUUGAACGAGUCGUUCAAAAAUAUAUCCAUCAAUAAAGAGUAUCUGCAAAAACCAUUGAAACGAGUGGAGUCUAACUUAGAGUCGGACACCGUUAGCAUUCAGAGUCAGAUGAGCUUUCAGGACGAGUUGUCCGCUACCAUCAAAAGCAGGAAAAGUGUGGCCAAAACCUCUGUCAUUAAGUCAGAUGGAAAUAAAGAUAAGGAAAUGAACGGUGAGACUAAAAGUGAGGAUAAGAAAAAAGAUGAUAAAAAUAAAGAGUUAAAUCUGGCGAUGAUGGUCGAGCACUUACACCGCAAAAACUUUCACCCCAGACUUAUCUCCAAA